GCGAUCGGCUCAGAAAUUUGCGGCGCCUCAUACCCGGACAGAAGUAAAUGACGGAUGCUUUUGCGGAAUAACGGGGAGUGCGCGUCUGGGCUUUCCAUUAAUUUAAAGCAAACUGCAUUCCAGCAAAAGUUCAGAAAAUAAUGAGGGACGCUGUAAAAUAGCAAUUAUUAGCGGAAGCGGAGGAAAAGUGUCCGGGCGAAGAAUCGGACCGCAACAUAUCAGUACAUGAGUGAGCGAGGCCAGCGGUGUGCCUGCAGACCUGAGGCUGCCCCUCCCUUCGCUGUAGGAAGGAUGUUUCUCGUGUGGAUGCUGUGCAUUGCUGCCCCCCCCAUCCUGGCCUUGACGCCUACAUCUAUGUCCUGUAAGCUCAAUGCCAGCUCACAGCACGUUUCCUCCCUGGUAGACUGGGUCCAGUGCUACAAUGACUACAGCUCGCACAUUCGCUGUACAUGGCCAGAAAGCACGGAGGAACACCAGCUGGAGAAUCUCUCUCUCUACCACAGUGACGCCGAGGGCAGGGAAUUGCCCUGUGUGGCUUACAGCCCUCCUGAAGGCCCCCAUACAGAAAGGUGGUGUCGCUACAACACCACCCUGUUUGUCAAGAGCAUCCAGCAUGGAUUCUUCUUCAAGACCCCGCUCCCCCCACAGGUGUCCAAGACAAUGAACCUGUCGCAACACGUGAAAGUUCGCUCGCCCCCAGCUCUGUUCCAGCAAGCCUUGCACAAUGGCAGCAGGUUGCUGUCCUGGCACACCCCCUUGCCCUCGGGGUCACCCCUGUACCCCACGCUGAGGUACGAGGUCAGCUAUAGGAGGCCCGGCCACGACUGGAUGGUGCUGGACGUUUCACAAACGAAUACGACAAUCAGUAAGGAGUGGCUGGUACCCGACAGCGAGUAUGAGGCCAGGGUGAGGGCACGGGCGGGAGCCGGCCUAUGGAGCGACUGGAGCCCCCCAGUGCAGUGGCAGACUGAGGAGGCCCUGGGGCCUGAAGGCCCUUCCAACCUGCAGUGUCUGUCUGAUGGAGACGUGACUGUGAGCUGCAGCUGGGAGCUGAAGAGGGAGUCUGCUCAGUCCGUCACUUACUACCUGUCGUACCGCACGAGCCGGAGCACACAACCCCAGAGGUGUUGUGAGACAGUCCUGGUUACCAGUGACUCCCGUAACCCCGUGCUCCAGUUCAGCUGUUCCUUUUCCCUGCCUGUAGAUGAGGAACUCUGGGUUGAGCUCACUCCUGCCCACAUUACCAAGCAGUUUCACUCUCACAGUUACAUUUAUCCCUUCCCUCCGAGCCCUGUGCACUUGAGAAAGGAUGGCAAGGACUGGCUGCUCACCUGGACCAUCCCGAAAUACAACGACAAAAUUAAACUAUCUCACGAGCUGCACUACUGGGACUCUGAAACAACGGACCACAAAUAUUUGAACUUCUCUGUGGGCAUCCACUCUUACCACAUUAAUGGAGCCACCCUGCGCCCUGCUACCCGCUACCGGGCACAGGUGCGAGCAGUGCCCGCUGCAUACUUCACGGGCCGACCCUCCGAGUGGACGGAACCGGUGGAGUGGGUCAUCCCUCCAGGUUCAUGGUCAUGGCCCAUGAUCGUGUACAUCUUCGUUGCGGGGCUUGUGACCAUAGUCUUCAUCGGUCUGUAUGUGAGCCUUCCUGUUUUCCGCAGGAGGGUAAUCAGCUGGAACGUGUCCCUUCCCUCUCCCAUCAAGAGCAAAGUUUUGGAAGGAAUCUUAAAGAGGUCCCAGAGCACAUGUCCCAGAGCCCCCCACAGGGAGGUUGAGAGAGCCCGGAUCUGUUCCGUCCAGGUCCUGGACAACGUCACUCCUCCCAGUUACUCAGAUGCUGACCGGUACAGCUUCAGCAGCCUACACUCAGAGUCUGAGGAGAAAAGCCAGCAGGAGAACUCCUCUGUCAGCUUCAAUGGGCCAUACCUGCUGUGUCCCACCAUGUCAAAAUCUCUGGGCUCCCUGGGCAAUGCUGGUGCUCAGCCCGGCACCGAAGACCCCCUGUCCUGGUCCGUCUCCCUAGGCUCCCAGCUCGCGCUUUCCCUCAGGGAGUUAGCCACUGGCUACAUCAGGAUUCCAUCGCCUCUCGCCAUCUUGCCAGUGGACGGCAAUGUAGUCACGCAGGGCAUUGAUUUUGUGGCAGGUGGAUAUGUAGACUGCCCACUAGGGGCAAGCGGAACAGCCAAGCCAGAGCCAUGGUCCGGACCCAGCUGUGAGCCCCCUGAAUGUGACCCCCCAGCCUACACCCCCACUCCACCCACCUUCCUCACCAACGCUCUGGGUCACAUGACUGACAACCACUGCCUAAUGACGGGGAGCCAAGCAGAGCAUACCAUAGAAUGAAGAUGCAUAAACAAGCCCUGUGCUCUUCCUUUGUGUGAAAAUAAGCUAGCAAAAAGGAGAGGAGAGCGGUAUGCCACUCGCACAAACAUGUCAGCACCUUAUGUAAGCAUAUAUUUCAAUAUGACCUUUUAUAGACAACUGUAUUACUGUACAAUUACCAGCUUAUCUGUUAAAACUGGACACUAUGAAUCCUGUUAUAUACUGCAUUAUUAUAGAUAGGGUAUUUGCUUUGUCACAUAUCACUCACUUGCAUUUCUGUGUAUUUCAAAAAUCCAUUACAGCUUUUCAUGACUGUUUCAUAAAACGUAAAUACAACAGCAUUUCUCAAAACUGCAUAUAGCACGAGAGUAAGUUUAAGCUGCAAAAAACCAAAACAAUUGAUGCAUGUCUCAAAAGCAAAUAUCUCCACCAAUUAAUUGGUCAGUGCCACCAAGAUGAAAAGUACAGUCAGCAUUGUUUAACCAUGAGAGUCAAAAUGCCUAGAUACAUUGUAUACGUAUGAUCCUGAGCGUCACAAUUCUGAAUGACAGUUGUUUAGCACUGUAGUUGGUUCACUGUCAGUGACUGAUCACACAACACUAUAACGGGAAAACAACAAAAUGGUAAUACAAGAACAAUAAAAUGGCAACAAAAUAAUGUACUGUGGGAAUCACAUACGAUGCUGUGGUGAUUACUCUUUUUUUUUUUGCAAAUGUUGCACUUUUUCUCAGAUGCUUUGGAACAUAGACAAAUCAUCCUUAAUAUUUGCAAAUCAGUAAGUGCAUUUCUCAAAACAAUUCAUGCAAAUAGCACCACAAUGGACAACCUGCAAAAGCCCAUAACUUGCUCAAAAUCAAAGUACCGGUAAUUAUUCAUGCCAGUGAACGUGUCAGUACUAUUGGAAUGACAAAUCUUUUGUCAUUGUUUAAAAACAAUGUAGUCAAAUUGUUUAGUCAUGUUGUCAGUGUAACUGUGUACAAGUAUUUUCUGAUGUAAACUAUGGAUAAGGUUUUGAUGAUAAUGAUGGAAAAUGAACGAGACUGUACUUAUUCUGUAUGCCGUUUAACAGUUUCAACAGUACAAAGUUACAUGUACUGUACAUACAGCCACAGACAAAAUUGAGAGACCACUCUAUGUUUUUAAACAAAUCUGCAUUUUUAAAUCCUGGUUUAAUUCUGGUUCUGCUGGCAUCAAGGCUAAACUGAGCAGCAGGUAGCUUCUAGGUUCAAAAUUUAUAAGACAGCAGUACUCAAGAAUAAGGUGAAACAAGACACUGGGAACAACCAGAAACCAGCCAGGUAAAUGGCAGAAGCAAUUUUCUAAUGCCAGCGAUGUCCGUUAACUUCUCAUGAAUCGUAGUGUGAUAUCAAGUCACCUUCGAAAGGAAUGGGAAACAUUAAGUGCAGGUGUGAAGUGCACUGCUAGGACAGUUUGUAUCAGGCUCCUAGAAGCAAAACUCAAGUCCCAUAAAGCAAGGAAGAAGCCCUUCAUUAAUAAGCAGGGAAAAACUGUGUCGAAGUUUACAGAAAUAUAUAUAUUAUCACAGACACACACUCAUAAAUUGAGAAAUGAGUGAAACAAAGGAUUGUGCUGUGAUCUCAGUUUUUUCUGCAACAGUAUACUAUAACACACAUACAGUAUGUAUACAUACAUACAGUGUAUAUAUAAAUACUGCAUGUAUGUAUACAUAUUUGUGUGUUAUAUGUACAGUAACUAUAAAGUAUAUUUACUGUAUGCUGUAAAUGCAAGUGGAAUAAUGUAAUAUGAAGCAUUACAACAAGCAUAUAAUAUUACAGUACAGUGCACAUUGUUCAAUUAAAUAUCUGCUUUAUGUGUGAAUGAUUGAGGACACAGUUGUUCUGCCAAAAUUCAGUUGCACCCUUCGAUCAGCCUCGGUUACUGUAAGACUAUUUUUGAGGACAUGGUCCACCGUUGUGACCCUUAUUUCAUCAGAAUAAUUACAGGAUAUUUUGACGACAUCAACAUCUCAACAUCUCAGCAUUUUGACUCUCAUGGUUAAAACAAUACUGGUUGCACUUUUCAUUUUGGUGGGACUGACUAAUUCACUGGUGGAAUUAUUUGCUUUUGAGACAUGACUUAAUUGUUUUGGGUAAGUUACAGGCUUUUGCAGUUAAACCGUAGUAUUGUACUACAUGCAUAAAGUGAGAAAAACUGUAAUGCAAAUGACACAAUAUUGAAAUGCACAUCUCUAUAAAUAAAGCACCUCAUCUCUG